AUGACAGUCAUGAAUCUGGGCAAUGGAAGUAUUCCAAAGGUCUUCAUUCUCUUCGGUUUCUCUGACCAUCCUUGGUUGGAAAUUCCUCUCUUUGUGAUGGUGCUUGUUGCUUACAUCUUCACCCUGGUGGGCAACAUCUCAAUUAUUGUCAUAUCCAGGGUAGAUCCUCACCUUGACAGCCCUAUGUAUUUCUUCCUUUCCAAUCUCUCCUUCCUGGACCUUUGUUUUACCACAACCACCAUCCCUCAGCUGUUGCUGAACCUCUGGGGACCAGAUAAGUCUAUCAGCUAUGGGGGCUGUGUGACCCAGUUUUAUGUGUUUCAUUUCCUGGGGGCCACUGAAUGCUUCCUCUUAGCUGUGAUGUCCUUGGAUCGUUACAUUGCCAUCUGCAAGCCCUUGAGGUACCCAGCUAUCAUGCAUCAAAGACUUUGUAUCCUCUUAGUAGUCAUAGCUUGGCUAAGUGGUUUGGCUAACUCCUUGCUUCAGUCAUCCCUUACUGUCCGGCUACCACUUUGUGGUAACAAGGUAGAAAGCUUCCUGUGUGAGGUUCCAGUGAUAAUCAAGCUGUCAUGUGUUGACACCACAUUCAAUGUAGCUAUGCUCUCCAUUGUGGGGACGUUCUAUUCCCUGGUGCCCUUGUCACUUAUCCUUGUCUCUUAUGGGUUCAUUUUUGCUACCAUCCUGAAGAUUCAGUCCUCAGAGGGAAAGAAGAAGGCAUUUAACACAUGUAGUUCUCAUGUUAUUGUCGUAUCACUCUUCUAUGGACCAGUCAUUAGUAUGUAUGUCCAGCCCUCUGUUGCUAACUCCCAGGACAAGAAUAAACUCAUGUCCCUGUUCUACAGUUUGGUGACUCCUAUGCUUAACCCUUUCAUCUAUACUUUGAGAAACAAGGACAUGAAAGGGGCAAUGAAGAGGUUUCUUGUCUCAUUGUACCACCAGGGAAGAGAGUAA